AUGGCAGUAGCUCACAAUCGUGUGAAUCGGGAGACACCAGUGUUUGAUGGGAUGGAUCCUAAUUCUGAAUCAGCUCCGCCUUGUCGUGUAGUCACGCCUGGAUCUGAUGCCAAAGAGCAUCGUCUCUUUCUCGGCCCUCUGCGUAGAAUCCGCGAAACAGGGUCUGCUCUCUAUCUAGAUAACCGCGAGAGGCUCUUAGCCUUUAUUGACAGCUAUAUGGCCGAAUCUCUGCAGACGAUCGUAGAACGCGAUGGCAUUCUUGGGAACGUUGUCUACGCCAACUGGGCCAGGUACGAACAACUUCUCGCCGUCUUCGGAUUUGCCAGCGGCAUGGACGCCAUGCUUGCUGUCGGGUCUGACAAGUUCGACAACUAUACCUAUGUCGUCGACAGUACGCGCGCAGAGCACGUGGUGGGUUGGAAGGCUCUAGCGAGUGCCAGUAAGAGAGACCUUGAUAUGGCUAUACUUUCACAAGAGCUGAUACAGAUCUGCAAAGGGAUGUGGAUUGAAGGUGGAGCUGGCUAUCCGGGUACCUCCGAGAAUUCUGAGCAGUAG